AUGGUUGCAAAGUCGGGUGAACUCGGCUAUAAACAAAUCAAUAUUCAAAAUGUGACCAAUUUUUACCUCAAAAACAUCAACACUACCGACGAAUCGGCACUUUUCUGGGCUUUCCAUCGGUUCGCCAGUGAUAUGGCAUUGAAUUGUCCGACAUAUCUAUUCGGACAACAAUUUGCCCGAAAUGUCGAAAAUCAUACCCGAAAUGUGCAGUUCUAUGAACUGAUUUAUGGACACAGAUCUAACAUCGAGGCGUUUGGUUACGAUCCGGACACUAUGCGAAUCGAGCACAACAUCGAUAUGCCCUAUGUGUUUGGUAUACCAUUUAAUCAUGGUUGGGCAUACAUAAAGCGGACAACAAUUGGCCGAAGCUUUUGACAAACAAUACAUUUAUUAUCAAAGACUUGAAUCCAUUGAAUACGAGCCGAGUAUUGGAUAAUCCCUUUCAUAGCACUUGCGAUGGCUUUUGGAG